AUGGAAAAACAAAAGUAGAGAAACAAUAAGAUUGAAAGGUAUUCGUUUUUAGACUAACUGAAUGAGAAUUGUUUGCAAUAUAAAUCUCCAAUAAAUUAAAGGGAAUAAUAAAAAAAUAAUUGUAAAAUCUAGGAGAAAAAUAUUUUCAAGGUUGAAUCCAAAAAAUCAAUACAAUUAAUCAAAACUAAUGGAUUAUAAGUAAAUUAACAAACAAUUAUUUUUAAGGAUUUUAUAAAAAUGCUUUAAAAUAUUGAGGAGACAAUAGGAGAGAAUGGAUUGCAAUAUUUAAACAAAGUUUAAGAAGACUUAGAAAGAUUAAAAUUAGAAUAUCCUAAUUUGAAAAAAUUACUAAAUCUAAUGUUUCCUUAGCAUAAUGAGGAGCUAAAAACUCAUAAUUCUAUUUAGGAAUCAAAAGUUAGUAUUUAUUUAUAAAAUAGUAAUAAGAGGAUGAUGGAUUAGAAAAAUUUAAAAAGUAAUAUAAAACUUUAUAAAAAAACAAGAAGUAAAAUAUAUUUUUAAUUAGAAAAUUAUAACAAGAUUUCGAUGAUACAAAUAAAAAAAUAAUUGAAUUUUAAUAAUUGAUCAAGUAAUUAAUUUAUAAUUUAUAUAUACAAGUGAAGAACAAUAGAAAAAUAAAUUAUAUGAAGAACAAAUUCAAAAAUAUAAAUAUUAAAUUAUUAGCAAAGAUGCUGAUAUAAGAAAUCUAUAAUAAAAUAUAGAAAAUAUCCAGAUAUAAAUGAAAAAAAAAGAUGAAAUUUUCUAAUAAACUUUAAGAGAAGCUAAAAAUAUUAGUGCUAAUGCUUUAGAAGAGAUUGCUAUAAAAUUAGAAAUAAAGCAUGAUUAGAUAGUUUAAGUAGAAAAAGUAAAUAACGAUAAAUUAUUAUAAAUAAAAUAAAAAGAGAAGGGAAUAAAAGAAGAAACUUUUGAGUUAAAUUAAACAAUCGAUGAAUACUUAAUAAUGUUUAAACAAAACCCUUAAUCUUAAGAAGCCUAAAAAAAAAAAUAUUUGAUAUAAUAAAAAAGUUAACACUUGAAAAACUAAAUCCAAAGCACUAAAUCCUAAUUAGAAAAUUUCAUUAAUUCAUAUAAACCUUUAUGGGGUUAAUCAAAAUAGACUGAGUCACAUCUAAAAUAAUAAAUUAAAAACAAUUUGGAAUUAAUGCAGCUAUACUAAAAAAUUUUCGAUAAUUUUUAUAAUACAAUAACAUAGUUGCUAGAUAAGUCUUAAGAAUACUAAUAAAACAAUAUAGUUUUGAGAGUAAAAAAUAAUAGCAAAAACAUAUCUAUAUCUCUUGAAAAUGAGAGUUUAUCCAAUAAAUUUAUCAAUAAUUAAUAAGUAUAUGCUAAUAUAAAAACUGAAGAAAAUGAUAUAAGUAUAAAUUAUCUUAAGUUUAGCACUUUUAAAGGAUAAUUAAUCAUAGACUAUAAUUGAAGAUUCUUUCGAUAAUCAUGACUCUAAAGAUGAAUGCUAAUCUCGAAAUUUAUCGCCUAUAAAAAAAAAAAAAAAUAAUUGUUUAUCUGAGUCUAAGCUAUCAAUUUACAGGAAUAUUUAAGCCAAAUAAUAAUAAUAUAUAGAUCCAAAUAAUUGA